CCCAAUUGUGCCUCGCUUAGUGACUCCGCCUCAUUUUGAAUCACCUCGCGACAGAUAGAUAUAAAAAUAUUUUCAAAACGUUUUUUCUUUUUUAUUUUCUUUGUGCUUUUUUUUUUUGCUCCCUUUCCUUUCUUUUUUUAUUAUUACUUUGUUUCUUUAUAAUGGAUCUGUCUUGGUGUAUCAUUUGUGACAACCGUAUUGAUGACAUCUUGACUGAAUCAUCCUUAUAUUGUUCAGAGACUUGUAAAGGCAAAGAUCAAUCCAACUCUAUUUGUGAACAGAACAAUGAUCAAACCACUCCUUUGAAACCAGUUGUAAAGGCAAAGAUUAAUUCAAUUUGUCGUAACAAAAAACCUACUACCCCUUCAUCUUCUUAUCCUUGGGAAUUAUUGUAUACUCGACCUCGUAAUAGGCGUCAUGUUAUGGUGAAACGAUGUCAACCUAUGAUAGCAAGUUCAUUUACCACUGCCACUGCUUUGUUUUCUCCUAAACCUUCCAUGGUCUAGUUCCCUUCUUUUUUUAUCUUUCUUUCAUUUUAGUCUAGCUUUUCAUUUUUUUUUUUAUCCCCCUCCUUCCUUGGCGUUAGAACAAAAAUGUGGAAGGAUUGUAAAUAUUCAUAUCACAAACAAACAAAAAAUCAUUCAUUUUAUCUUUCAUUAUCUUAUAUAUAUCAAAAAAAAAAUCAUAUUUGCAUACCCUUUUUUUUUCCAUCGCCAAUGGAUUUUAGUAUAGUUUUUCCCCUCCCUCCUCUUUACAUUUUUUUUUUUUUUCAUCUCUCCUUUUAUCUCUAUGAAAAUAAAACCUUUUUUUUUUCAACUA